CGAAGAUAUGAGCUACCGCUUCACGGAAGAUCUGCUGUCCGCUGACCGUUUCGGAUAUCACGUAACGCACCCACGGAAUCUAACUGAAGACAUGGCAACAAGAUGCAUCGAGAGAGAGUCUAGAAUGGUUUCGGAUUCGAUAAAUUUUAAAUGGAAGUUGAAGAAUUUCACCAUUGAUGACCUGCUGGUACAUGAUCGCUGCCGCUUAAGAAGUCCCCCCUUCAAAUGUUUUAAAGCCGUUUUUUGUUUGGAGUUCUAUCUCAACUCAGAUUUUGUUAAUCUGAAACUGAUUCAAAGGAAUAAUGCUAAUCCACCCUGGAUUUCAGAUUGCGUACUUGGGCUAACCUAUUCAAAUAAGUCGAACCAACAUUUUGAACAGUUUAGUGCACCAAUCAGAGGACGACGACCUGAAGAUAUUAAAUGGUAUUUCACUUUGAAAACAAUUACAAAUUCAGCUGAAAAUAUAUUGGAUAUAUGGUGCAAUUUCACAGCCUCAACCUUAAAGCAAGUCGAAGAUGAUAAGUCCGAUGAGGAUGAAGAAAACGUUUCAAAUUCUUCAAAUUCGGGACCAUUGAUAGUUGUGGAAAAUAUUGGACAAGCUUUAGAGCAUUGUCGUCUUUCAGACGUCACUUUGAAAGUGGGAAAUGUUGAACUCCAGGCCCAUAAAAUAAUCCUGGCAAGUCGCUCCAAAGUGUUUGAUGCAAUGUUUGAUAGUCGAAACUGCCUCCCCUCAGAAGAACAAGACCCCCCACCAAAUAAGAGACUAAGAUCCAAUAAAACAGCCCAGAACCUGAAGGAAAGCCACCAAGAUGUGGUUAAUAUUAUUGAGAUGAAGCCUUCCAUCGCCAAGGAAAUGUUGCUGUACAUCUAUACAGGGAAAAUCGAAAAAUUAUCAAUGGAUAGAGCCAUGGAUCUUUACGUUGCUGCUGAUAGGUACGAUUUGCAAGGGCUUAAGGAACAAUGUCAGUGUUUCAUCCAGAAGCACGUUUCUGUUGAAGACAUAUGCCAAGUAGCGGAACUUGCAGAGCUGCACGACGACAAAAAACUUGCUAAGGUUGUAAGAACAGUUUUUAAAGCGAACUCUAAAAGUAUAUUGGUGUCCAAGGACUGGAAAGGAUUUGCGGCAAAGAAUCCUGUUUUGUACUCCAAUCUUAUGGAGGGAGCUUUAUUAAGUCCAAGUUAAGUUUAUUCAACACCUUUAUAUUCAUUAAAACUCACGGAAAGAAUGUAUGUAAGGAGUCAUUUGA